CCUAACUGCUGCGAAACUAUGUGCGUAUGCUAUUGGGAAACAGUGUUAUAAUUUAUUUAUAUGGUGAAGUACUAAGGUCAUAAUUGUUGGUUGUAAAAAAGAUGUCCGUUCAAGUAGAGCCGCUGACUUUAUCUAAGGAUAUAAAGAGGGCCAUUGAGUUAUUAGAUAAAUUACAAUGUAGUGGAGAUUUUCCGACAACUAAGCUUUCUGCGUUACAGAAAGUUUUCCAAAGCGAUUUUUUGAACGCUGUCCGAGAAGUUUAUGAGCACGUAUACGAAACAGUUGACAUUCAGGGUUCUCAGGAUGUUAGAGCUUCGGCCACAGCUAAAGCCACUGUGGCAGCAUUUGCUGCAAGUGAAGGACACGCUCAUCCUAGAGUAGUUGAAUUACCGAAAACUGAAGAAGGGCUUGGCUUUAAUGUUAUGGGAGGGAAAGAACAGAACUCACCCAUAUACAUUUCUCGUAUUAUACCCGGAGGUGUAGCUGACCGUCAUGGAGGACUAAAAAGAGGAGAUCAACUUUUAUCUGUUAAUGGUGUGUCCGUGGAAGGUGAAAAUCACGAAAAAGCUGUGGAACUUCUAAAGCAAGCUGUUGGAUCUGUGAAGCUAGUUGUACGUUAUACCCCAAAAGUUCUUGAGGAAAUGGAGUUGAGGUUUGAUAAGCAACGCACUACUCGCCGUCGCCAGUGAUUUAAAAACAAUAUAAAACAUGGAUUAAAUUAAAUGUAAUAAAUUAUCACUCUUAUUAACUCAAUAAGAUAUCUUUAAAAAAAUUAAAA